AUGAGUGACUUGUUUUGUGUAAAGAAAUUUAGCUUCAUUUACAUAUGUGAAUUGCACCGUCUGCUGGUCUGCGCUGGUCUGCGAUGGUCAAAGAAGUUCAGGCUUCCUUCGCUGUUUUUAUUACUUUUUACUGUCCAAAUGUCUGAGAGUGAAACUGGUGAAUCGAAGAGCUUUCCAAAUGAUUGUUCAUCGGCAGAAAGCGAUCAAGACAACAAGGUUAAUUCGGACUACGAAGUUGUAGCUAUUGGCGCUGCCAUUACGACGCCAUAUGAAGACGAACCGAUUUUACACGGCGAAAAAAUGGAAGAAUAA